AUGUGCCAUAAACAGGAUCGAAGAUUUUUUAUUUUGAAGGAAUGGGGUUGUGUCACAACAUUUAGUAACAAACGAGUGGUGGAUACAUCUCAACUGGUGUUUAUUGGUGUCAAACCACAUCUAGUGUUGCAAGUUUUGAAGGAAAUAUAUGACAAUGUCACUGGUAAUCAUGUAAUUGUGUCCAUUGCUAAUGGCAUAACAACAACAACAUUUGAACAGGUAUUAAUUAGAUGUCUUGUAAACUCAAACAGUCUGUGCCAGCUACAUACAUAUAUAGUGCCAAAAACACCAGAGAACUGUAGAUUGGUAGGGAUUCAACUACCUGAAAAUUAUGAAAACAUCAAUGAUUCGAGCGAUUUAAAGGCCCUUCGUUGGGAUGUUAGUAUGUAUAGCAUGGAAUGGAUUGGGAAAUUAUUUACAUGUGCAUGCUUUUAUACUAGUCACUAGUGAAUAUAAAAGCAUCACAUGACAAGAAAUAAACCAAACAGAUUCAUGAUGUGCACCUCAUGAACGUUUAUAAUGUUCAAACAUUUUUCUUAUGUUUAGCUAUAUCUGUCCUUGCCUAACUUUAUUCUCACCUUAUUCCUUACUUGUUUCAUUGUAUUCCUUAUAUUUUUAUUUGUAUUAUAUCGUAUAUUUUCCUUCCUUUUUUCCUUAGUGGUAUAGUUUCUGUGAUGUGAUUUACAUGUUUUGUUUGCACUUUGUUUUCAUGACUUAGUCCAUCUGACUGACCAGUUUAUUUUUUGUCACAUAAUGCUUAAUUCACCAGUAUAAUAGCAUGUGUAUUUUCCCGAUCCAUGCUACUAACUUCCUGAAACAAAGGACCUUACUCGAAACACAGAAAUUUCACAGAAAUGACACAUCAAUGCCAAAAAUUUAAAUUAACGCAAUAACCACUACAAUGCUAUUUCUAGUUGCUGCACAACCUUACCCUCAUCAAAUCAUAAAAUAUUUUGCUCAUGGUUGCUCCCGGGCAUUGUGGGAAAGGCAUUUAGAAUGACAAUUGUUAUGCAGCAGUCAGAACAAAUAUUGUCCUUUUUUAGUGUGAAGUUUCACUUCACACUAUUGUGAUGGCUGGCGAAUUCACACGAAUCAGUCAGUCAAACAGUCAGUAGAGUAAACUUUCCGGGGGGUGUAUACGAUUUAUGUUCGUAGUGAUUUAUUGUACUUAGUCAGUACUUUGAAGGUUAUUUAGGCAAUUUCAGUUAACUUAUUUACAUAUUCUGUUAUCCUUUUGCCAAGUUCACAAAAAUUUCGAGGAGUCGCUUUCGUUAUUGUAAUUUUUUGUAAAUUUUAGAACAUUCGCUUCUCAUGUUGUGUAAAGGAUCUUUACCCCGGAACACCCGAUUUUUUCUUUAGUAGCGCAAAUGCGCAUGCGCUAUCAAGCCGUAGAUCACGAUGGCGUGACGAUAUGCUAGGAAGGAGUGACAGUGCUGUUUUCAGAUGUAUAAACAUUUCAGACGUGAAUAUUGAGUAAAUCUUUGAAAAUCUACGCAAAAUACAAAUUGAUCUUAUGCAUUACGGGCGUUCAAUUAAGUGCCGAUAAUAUUUAGACGGUAUAUUCAUUAUACAGAGCUAGGAAGGAGCUAGACCGCCUAGACAGUGCAGUCAAGUGUAUAAACAUUUCAGACGUAAAUAUUGAGUCGAAAAUCUUUGACAUUCUAGGCAUUUAAUUGAGUGCCGAUAUUAUUUUCACGGCAUUCUCAUUACACAGAGGUACAGUACGUGGGCAGAAGCGAGACAGUGUUGUUUUCAAGCAUAUAAACAUUUCAGACAUGAAUAUUGAGAAAAUCUUUGAGAUUCUAGGCAAUAAUACAAUAUGUAAAUUUAUGUUAUGCAUUACUGGCAUUCAGGUAAGUGCCCAUCGAUAUUAUUUAGACCGUGUAUUCAUUAUACAUUGUCAUUGACUGUAUAAGGUGCUACAUCACAGAAUAGAUGGCUACACUCAGUACAAAGAGCGAAAAAUUGCAUCAGAUCUGUAUCAGAUCAAUAAAGCAUAAACAACUUUGCGACUUGCGAGACUAUUAAAGAAAUCAGUUGAGUCAGAGCUCCUUAAAUAAGAAAGACGAGAAGAUAGCGAAUGUGUUAUCGCCAACGUGUUCUCGCCAAUCGCUUGGCUCGCCAACAAGCUUUAUGCAAUAGAAGAAAAAAGCAAGGAGGUACAUAUGUAGCCAACGUGUACCGUCACGGACCUUGUCUUUGACCUUUGUUUACUGUCUAGCACAACGCCGUUGUCAACGGUGCAAAUUCGUGUUCAGUGCAACGAUAACUCUACCAGAUCUUACGAGAAUCAAUCUGUAGUAUUCUGUACACAGAACUGUAUCAAAGCUUGUCAAAACUGCUUUAAACACUGCUUAACUGUGAAACUAUUGAAAUUUAAAGUGACAUUAUUCAACACAUGCGAAAAGCUGAAAAUAGACGUUACACCGGGAAAAGUCAAAGGUCAAUGAGACUUGUUAUUGUAAAACAUGUCACAAUUAGAUUAAAAUGCGGAAGCUGAUGAAGCGGAUACACGGAACGGAUAUGCGGAUAAAAUACGGAACGGAUGAGGAUAAAACGCGUCCUUUUAAUGAUGUAACGACGUAGUGCUUAUUAUUCAUAACAUAUCUUAUACAGCUAUUUCAAUUAUAGUUUUAGAUAAAUUUAGCAUAGCAGUAGCCUCGUGGGGAUGCUUUUAGUGACAGCUGCAAAUGCAAAUGAAAAUUUAGAAUAUGCAAAAUUUGGUUGUUGGUAAAACAAUUUAAAUUUCGAAUUGUCGCGUGUAGCAUCACAAUAAAUAGAUAAAUUGCAUCAGUUUCACAAGGCAAGUUUCUGAUGUGUUAGGCUUGUUUCAAACGUCACGCUACUUGUGUGCCGAGCGUAUUAAAAGCAAUAAAUAAUGAGAUGAAAUGCCUUUGGUAACUGUUUAUUUCGUAGCGUAAGUCAUCAGCUUUUCUAGGUUGUUCGCGACCCUGCAUAGUUCUUGCAGUGUCUUUUUCAAUUUGAAACUUCACACUAUCCUUGGAUCCCUAGUUUUAAUUUACUGCAAUUUGUUUUGUUUUUGUCUAGCGGUUAUCGUUUUAUCGGCAAAUAUAUUAAUUUUAAUAAUUCUAUCUAUAAUAGGUCGCCCUUUUAGCACGAGGGACUCAGCUGUGGAGAAAGGAUGCAAUUGCAAUCAGGUGGUCAAGCCUUGGAAAUGUUGGAUUGACAAAGGCAGAUUUAUUCAGCAAACUAGCAAGUCACAGAGACAAGUGCAAGACGUCUGACACCAGACCAUUCCUGCAAGAAGAUGGCAGUACGAAGGCUGUCCGUUGCACUGUUGUUCUCAUUGAAACCUUUUCAAGAAAUAUGAGAAGGUCACUAAAAGAAGGUAUUGUAUAUUACUUAUUGUAUAUUACAGAAAUGCUGUUUGUAAGGUACCCGAGUUAGCUCGCUUUGCCAAGAUCUAAUGUUGCUAUGUAAUCCCCGAAUCAAUUAGUCUUUUUCACGCCGCCAUUUUUGAUGUACUGUAAUUUUUCAUAAACGAUUAUAACAAUGUGAAAAGCAAAAUUUUAUAACAAACUAUUUACAGAGUAAAUUCACCAUCAUACACCCACAAAAUUAUAAAAUGUCGCCGUUACGUGGUGUUACGCUCGCAGGAUUGGCAAAAAAGUACCCCAAAAAUGGUAGCGUGAGAAAGGCUAAUUCCGCUCGAAUAUUUACACCCGGGGAAAAGGCGUGCUAGAUGAUUGCAAAGUUAAUGAUGGCGAGCGCGUCGCUUUGUUUCAUGUGUGUCACAGUAUAACAUAGAAGGUUAAAUCCGAUAUCGAAAAAUGAAACCAAAAAUGGCGGCUUAUGAAUGCCAAUUAGCACGUACAUUGUAUGAGGCUUUUACAUUUCUUCAGGAUAUGAGGUAUUUACAUUUCUCCAUUCAUAAAAAUUUUCACUUCUCUUCAGUGAUUCCAGAUAUUAUGACGGAAUUUGAUUCGGCGGAUAAAGACGACGACGAGAAUGAUGAUCAAGCGAGUCCAACUAACCCAGACGGGCUGAUCAACACGGGAAACGACGGCAACAUGACGGAAUUAGAUUCAACGGUUAAAGGCGACGACGGGUAUCAAGCGAGUCCAACUAACCCAGACGGGCUGAUCAACACGGGAAACGACGGCAACAUGACGGAAUUAGAUUCAACGGUUAAAGGCGACGACGGGUAUCAAGCGAGUCCAACUAACCCAGACGGGCUGAUCAACACGGAAAACGACGGCAACAUGAUGGAAUUAGAUUCAACGGUUAAAGGCGACGACGGGUAUCAAGCGAGUGCAACUAACGUGGACGGGCUGAUCAACACGGAAAACGACGCCAAAAUGACGGAAUUGGAUUCAACGGUUAAAGGCGACGACGGGUAUCAAGCGAGUCCAACUAACCCAGACGGGCUGAUCAACACGGGAAACGACGGCAACAUGACGGAAUUAGAUUCAACGGUUAAAGGCGACGACGGGUAUCAAGCGAGUCCAACUAACCCAGACGGGCUGAUCAACACGGGAAACGACGGCAACAUGACGGAAUUAGAUUCAACGGUUAAAGGCGACGACGGGUAUCAAGCGAGUCCAACUAACCCAGACGGGCUGAUCAACACGGGAAACGACGGCAACAUGACGGAAUUAGAUUCAACGGUUAAAGGCGACGACGGGUAUCAAGCGAGUCCAACUAACCCAGACGGGCUGAUCAACACGGAAAACGACGCCAAAAUAACGGAAUUGGCUUCAACGGUUAAAGGCGACGACGGGUAUCAAGCGAGUGCAACUAACCCAGGCGGCCUGGAAAACGAUGGCAACAUGACGGAAUUCGAUUCAACUGAUAAAGGUGGCAACGCUGUCGCAACUUCCAACCAGAAGCGAAAUGAGGACAGAAAAGAUAAAGCAAAACAAGACCAAGAGAAAAGUCAAAGAAAAAGAAGAAAAGAGUGUGAUAAAUUGGCUGAUUCGCUAUCAAGAAAUGAGAAAAUCACAAAAGGACAGAAAAGGAUCACAAAACAGUAA